CAGCCUCGACGGCCUUACCGUUUGAUCCAAAUGUAUCUGAUCAGUUAGUUAUUGAACAUGGACCUAUGGAGUUAUUGCACCGAUGGAAUUUGUGGUUAAUGCUGCUAUUUACUAUGAUAUAGCACACAUGAAAGUGGGCAACUCUGAUGCACCAAAAGGUGAUUCUUCCAAACCAGAAAUUUAUCACCCUAAGGAUAAGAAAGAAAAAGAAGCAGAAAUCCAAGGUGCUGAGGAUAGUUCCAUUUCACCUGGAGGAGUCAUUACUAGUCAAGGAUGAGACAUACCCAGAGCUGGCUCCUGGAGGGUCAUCUACGGAGGAGGAUGAUGCAGUGGAAAAUGAAAAUGGUGAUAAUGAAAGUGAGUGUUCCCUUCCUGCUGGCCGGGAAGGAAGUGCUUUCCCUAAGGCAUUUGAACGCGACUUAGUGACACCAACAAAUCUUACUGUAUCUCAAAAUACAAGUCGGCAAAAUCAGUGGAGGAAAAUUUAACACAAGAAGAGAAAAAGGAUGGUUUAGAAAGUUCGGGAGAUGAAGCAUACACAAUGAUUCGGAAGAUGGAAGAGAGGAGAAUGUCGUCUUUAGAUCACCAUUGGGCUGUGCCAAAGCAGAAAGGAAGUCAGGACAGCAAGGACGGAGAUGGGGAGGUAGUCACCAAAAAUAAAGAUG